AUGGUCCGUGUCAUGCUGGACACCGGCGAGGAGCAAAUCCUCAAGCGAUCUUCAGUGCAAGCCGUGAAGGAUGGAGGCCUUUUCACCUUGUGGGUGGCUGUUGGAGAUGGCAUGGCCGUGUAUCGAUGUGAGGUUCUGGUGAAGCGACAAGUCAUCUUGGCCCUGGA